GUGGUGUGUGUUGAACAGGUUGUUGCUUCGACGGAGGAGUGAGGUGAGCUUUUAUUUGUUUCAGUUGACUCCACCUCAUCACACAAUGUGUUUUUCCUAUUUUCUUCCGGGAUGCCGUGGCCGAGGGAGUGGCCACUGCACCUGUUGCUGCAUGUGUUUCAGGUCAUCGCACAUCGUAGCAAACUCAUUGGCCUCCAUUUCCAUACUCUCUUGUUACACUUUUGUUGUACCAAAGAGCCUGGGGCAAUAACCUUUAACAAUUUGGUCAGGGAAAUCGGGUGCGGCUUGAGCUGGGAUUUGUAUUGAAAUUAGUCGAAAGAUGGACCACACCUCGAUGGACCAAUGUGGCUGACUGCGACCGAGGAUUCCAAUGCAAAUGGACGCGAGAGGGCUAAACUGGUUCAACCGCAAUGCCUCGGGUCAUACUAGUCCCUCUUUAAUCAGCUGUAGGGCAACUGUAAUCAAUAAUAUGUCAAUGGCAAUAAACAGAUUAAAAAAACAUGUUAAAUGAGGCCAUUAUAAUCUUGUAUUGUUUGUCAAUUAACUGUCAAAUAUGCCAUUAACUGUCAAAAAAAGGUUGAACUAAAGUAGGAAAUUGUCCUAUCAAAAUGAUGUGAAACUUACACGUAAAAUCUUUACCGGCCAGUUGGGUUUAUCAAUCAGCUGUCAUGAUGUCAUGCACAAGGCUGUCAAUCAGUAGGCCUACGCUUUUAGCGCUGACGUCAAGUGGCGUAUUUCCCUUGUAAUGCAAAUACUCAAUCAUUUGGGCUGUCGACCUAGAAGUGGCUAGAUAUCACAUAGGCAAAUAAAAAACUUGUACUCAUCGGGUGGAUGAUCAAAACCAACGUUUGAUUCGUUUGGAACCACUGGACGUUGUUGUGACAGUCAUCAAUAAACACACGAAGGCGCCAUUUCCAUGAAAACUAAAACUUAAGAAGCAAGACAAGUUGACAAUGACAGUAUUCCCAUUGUUAAAACAAAUUCCAUUAUGUCCAGACAAAGAUACCAUAAUAACGAGUCAAUCUACCGCUUAUCUGCUCGGAUUAGCCAGGCUUGUAAUGAAGCUGUGGAAAGUGUGAAGGUGUAGCAGGUGGGCAGGGAAAUGAGUCUGGCCGUGUGUCAAGACAGGUUUACGAUGAGAUAUUUUAACGGUGCCCCCGUGCGCUAUCUUGACGUGCAAGAAUGGGACUUGGCAGCCAUGCACCAGUGCACCUAUCCACGAACAGAAUACAAUAUCUACAAAUUGAUUUAAUUAUAUUAAUGAAUCCUAAACCUUCCUCCUCAUACCCCCCGCGCUUGCGGAUCCACGCAAAGGGUUCUCGGUGAUUCCUUUACGCACAGAGCGAAUUUCGCGCCGUUGUUGGAGCGUUAUUUGGUUGAAUGGAUCGCCUUGCAGAAGUCCUUCUGUCUUUCACGAGGGGCAAGACGAUGGACGGUUAGGAAUCGCUCGUGGUCACCUUCUUGUUGUGAAGAAUCCACAACGGCUAUCCUACUCUCUGUAAGGGACCAUGGCUGGGGACUGUGCGUCGAACCAGCGCCCGACGGAAGAUUGUUUCGCUAUUUCUUUCUUUUUUUGUUCCAUCCUUUGAUUUGUGAAGUUCUUUAAUUAACAGAAAGUCUUGUCAAUGGACGUCGGAUCUGGAAUGAUAUGGAUAUACAAGCGAAUAUGAGCUCGAUCAAUUGCCUGUCCCACAAUGACAGCGACCCGGCACAGAAGUCUCCCGCUGGGUUGUCCACUGCGCUGGCCAGCGUGCUGAUCUUGACUAUAGUGGUGGACAUCGUUGGCAAUGUCCUUGUAAUUCUUUCCGUGUUUAGAAACAAAAAACUGAGGAAUGCAGGAAACAUCUUCGUGGUGAGCCUCUCGGUGGCCGACCUGGUGGUGGCCGUGUACCCCUACCCCCUGGUGCUGACGGCCAUCGUCCGCGACGACUGGACCAUGGGCGACCUGCACUGCCAGGCCAGCGGCUUCAUCAUGGGCCUCAGCGUCAUCGGCUCCAUCUUCAACAUCACAGCCAUCGCCAUCAACCGCUACUGCUACAUCUGCCACAGCCUGCACUAUGACCGGCUCUACAGCGUCCGCAACACCUUCCUCUACCUGGGCCUCACCUGGCUGCUGACGGCCAUCGCCACCGUGCCCAACUUCUUCGUGGGCUCGCUGCAGUACGACCCGCGCGUCUACUCCUGCACGUUCGCCCAGACGGUCAGCUCGUACUACACGGUGUCGGUGGUGGUCAUCCACUUCCUCCUCCCCGUGCUGGUGGUGUCCUACUGCUACAUGAGGAUAUGGGUGCUGGUGAUCCAGGUGAAGCACCGCGUCAAGCCAGCGCAGCGGGCCAAGGUGAAGCCCAGCGACGUGAGGAACUUCCUCACCAUGUUCAUGGUGUUUGUGUUGUUCGCCGUGUGCUGGGCGCCGCUCAACCUCAUCGGGCUGGCGGUGGCCGUCGACCCGUCCCGGGUGGCGGCCAGCGUACCCGAGUGGCUGUUUGUCACCAGCUACUUCAUGGCGUACUUCAACAGCUGCCUCAACGCCGUCAUCUACGGGCUGCUCAACCGGAACUUCCGCAAGGAGUACAAGACCAUCGUGCUGGCCUUGUGCAUGCCCCGCCUGCUCAGGACCGAGUCGUCCAGGUGUCCCACCGAGGGCAUGAGGACUAAGCCCUCGCCGGCCUUCACUAACAACAACAUGGCGGAGGUUGAUGUUUGAGCGGUACUGUUUGUUUGCGGUGGAGGAGUCGAUCUCCAAUGGAACCUCCGUAUGGUCUUUUUUUAUCAUG